AUGUCCAAUCCAGAAAAAGUUGUUUUGAUACUUGUUGGUCUGGUCGGUUCAGGAAAGAGCGCCUUUGCGACAGCCCUUGAGAGUCAUUUUCCACGUCAAUGGCGCAGGUGCAACCAAGACGAUCUUGGAAAUCGGGCACAAGUGGAAAUUCUUGCAAAAAACUCACUACGGAAAGGUCUUUCAGUUUGUAUUGAUCGAACAAACAUUGACGAAAGUCAAAGAGCACACUGGAUAAGGUUGGCACACGAAUUUCCUGGAACCAGAGUCUGGGUAAUCUUCUUUGAUACUCCAUAUGAAGUAUGCGCCUUGAGACUGCAACGAAGAACUUCACAUCCCACAAUUCACAGUCCUGUAAUGGGACUUUCUGUUCUUUCCAGGUUUGCGAGAGACCUCAGUGUUCCCUCUGCGAACGAAGGUUUCCAUUGUAUGGUUUCGCUAGAACCCGUUGACACAAAAGUAGAAUAUUCAGAUUCAGAUAUUGUCACUAUAUUGGACCGCGUUCGUUCUUCGGAGGCAGUCAUGCAGUCCAGACCGAAACCAAUCCGCAUUUCUUGGGCAGAAAGGCGUGGCCAAUCUCGUGGCGGUCCAACAAGAGAUAUAAAAACCCAAAGCAAUUAUUUGAGUAGAGCAUGGCAGCAAGGGACAGUGUUUCCAACUCAGAACACAUCGAGUAGUAUUCAGCCUGCUACUGAAGUUGACGGGGAUAUUGGUGUACAGGCAGGACACACUCAUGGAGAAGUUUCUCCGUUGCUGAAAGACUUGCUAGGUGUGGAUUAA